AUGAGCAAAGAUCCCAUAAUAGGGAAUGAGCAAAGGUCUAAUGCUUUCUGGAAAAGAAUAGCUGAGUACUUCUCUGCUAGUCGAAAGCUUGCUGGCUGUGACAAGAGAGAGGCAUCUCACUGCAAGAAUCGUUGGCAGGAGAUCAAUGACUUAGUAUGCAAGUUUUCUGGAGCAUAUGAGGCUGCAGCCAGAGAGAGAAGCAGUAGGCAAAAUGAGAAUGAUGUUCUCAAACUAGCCCACAAAAUCGUCUUCACCAACCAUAAAAAAAGGUUUACUCUUGAGCAUGUUUGGAAAGAGUUGCGUAAUGACCAAAAGUGGUGUGCCCUGUCUACUGCUAAAAAAGAUGGAAGCUCCAAGAAGAGGAGGUGUGAGGAUGGUUCAGAUUCAACAAGCUAUAAAGCAACUGAAGAAGAUUCUGCUCUUGAUGAUGAAGGAACAAAUCGUCCCCCGGGUGUUAAGGCAGCAAAGAAAGGCAGCAAAGAAAGGCUGUCUAAGAAGCCAAUGGUUGAUGGGAAGGAGCUGUCUCAGUUUCAGACAAUGUGGAGCCUCAAGAAGCAAGAUUUAGAGGUGAAAGAAAGGCUAUCCAAGAUGAAGUUACUGGACAGUCUCAUUGCUAAACAAGAACCUCUUGUGGAUUAUGAAGAAGCUUUGAAGAAGAAACUCAUUGAUGAGUUAAUGUCUAAUUAG